AUGUCCAGAAAAUAUGUUGUUUUUGGUGGUGGACAUGCAGAGGGUAUAGUGCCAGAAUACUCGGGGGGCCUGCACUCUGGAGGUUUGUUCUUCUUCUGUAUGAUGAUUCUGAUAUCCCUCUCGGUCAUACCAUUAGCAAUAUUUGCUUGUGGUACUUCAUCUCGCAACAAGAAAAGACAUGGUGCAGAUGGAGGCGGCGGGGAUGGUGCAGAUGGAGGCGGCGAGGAUGGUGCAGAUGGAGGCGGCGGGGAUGGUGCAGAUGGUGGCUGUGGAGAUGGUCAAGAUGGAGGCGGCGGCGGCCAUCACACAGGUGGUGGACAUGAUGUAGGUGGUGCACAUCAUGGCGGCGGCGGGCAUCACCAUGUAGGCGGCGCACAUCAUGGCGGCGGUGGACAUCACCAUGUGGGCGGUGGACAUCACGGGGGCGGUGGACAUCAUCAUGUAGGCGGUGGACAUCACGAUGUAGGCGGUGGACAUCAUCAUGUAGGCGGUGGACAUCACGGGGGCGGUAUCACGAUGUAG